CAUCCAUAGCCUUGUGGGUUCGACCGGCCCUGGGCCGGGGGGCCGCCUGUCCGGCGGCCGCUUGCGGGGGGGCUUGGCCCGCACGGCUUGGCGCGAUGGAGGAAGGCCAGGCAGGGGCCGGCAUGGCUGGCAUGACUCCAGAGAUGCAGGCGCAGUACAUGCAGCAGAUGUACAUGCAGGCGCAGUAUAUGCAGGCUGCCCAGGCCCAGAUCGCGCAGGCCCAGCACAGUCAGGCAGUGGACCCUCAGAUGCUGGCGGCCCAGCAGGCCCAGAUGCAGCAGAUGCAGCAGCACAUGCAGCAGAUUGCCCAGAUGCAGCAGCACAUGCAGCAGGGGAUGGCCCAGGCCGAAAUGCAGGUGCAGCCGGAACCGCCGCCCGCCCAGCUCCAGCAGGAGGCUGGCGAACCAGGCCAGGGGAUGCAUGCGGAGCCCGCCUUCCCGCAGCAGGCAGACGUCGACGAGGACAUGCAGCUGGACGCCGCAGAUGGGCCAGGUGCUGAGCGCCAACACUGGCCCGUGGACGGCCAGCAGCCCUCGCAGGACGCACAGCGCGCCCCGCAGGAGGCCACCGGCGAGUUCGGUGCUCCCCCGCCGCGGGGCGACGAGGCCCAGGGCGCCGUCGCGCCGUCGCGAGGCGAGGCGUACGGCGCCUACGCCCACGCGCCGGGCGACCAGGGUGGCGGCCACGAGGCUCCGCGGGGCGAGCAGGCCUACGGCGCCUACGUGGGGCCGUCGGCGGAGGGCGACCAGGCCUACAACCCCUUCGGGCCGUCCGAGGGCGACCGGUCCGUGGGCGCCCCCUCCCAGGGCGACGAGGCCCACGGCAGCUACAGGGACCCUCCGCCGCAGAGCGGCGAGGGCCGACGCGGGUACGGGGGCCCUGGGGCGCGUGACGAGGAGGCCCGUGGCGGCUACGAGCGACCCAGCGAGGGCCAUGGCGGCUUCAGGCGCGGCAGCUUCGGCGAGGACCCCCAGGGGAGCUAUGCCGGCGCUCGGCCGCACGGCGAGGACGCCCAGGGGAGCUACGCCGGCGCCUGGUCGCAGGGCGAUGACUUUUACGCUGGCCGCAGAGGCCCGCCCGCCCGUGGAGACCACGCCACGGAAGCGAGCUUCGGUGGGCACGCCGACGCCUGGACGGACCGCUUCCGCGGAAAGCGCAGGCCCGACGACACGGAGAUGAACACCAGGAGCUACAGAGACCAGCCUCACGCUGAGGAGCGCUUCGGCAAGGGCAGACCCGCCAGAAAUGCCAACCUGGGACGCGUUUUUGAUGGUGACACCCUGCUGUUGCGAGGCCUCCCGACCAGUGUAACCGAGGAUGUGCUCAGGGGCUGCUUCAAGCGGUCGGACAUCCCGGUGGCCCGGAUCACCGUGUGCGUGGACCCGGAGACAGGGGGUUGCAAGGGCUAUGCUUUCGCUGACCUGGCUGAGCCUGGGCAGACGGAGAGGAACAUGCAGUCUGUCCGCGGCAUGGAGGUCGCCGGGCGCCGCAUCGUCGCCGAGCUGUACGUGCCACCGGCAGCGCCCUCCAGCUAUGGCGGCAAGGGUGCGGAGUACGGCUGGUACGGCAAGGGCAAGGACGCCUGGGGCUGCGGAGGCUGGGGCGGAUGGCCGGGCAUGUGGCCCUCGUGGGGCCAGGGGCCGCCCUGGGCGAUGAUGGCCAAGGGCUACUCCGCCUGGGGGGGCAAGGGCGGCUGGGGCGGGGGCUACGGCGGCAAGGGCGGCUACGGCCCCGGAGGCGCGGACGGCUGGUCGGGCGGCGACGGCAGGGCAGACCCUCGCGGCGACUGGGGCGAGGGGCCCGCCGGAGGCGGCGGCAACGUGCCGGCGGCCAACAGCAGCACGGCGGGCAGCGGCGGCCCCGAUGGCGGAAACCUCUUCCUCGGGGGCCUGGCGUUCAGGGCCGAGGAGAAGGACAUCCGCGAGCUCUUCGAGAAGAACGGCCUCGACGUCGCCAAGGUCACCGUCGCCUGCGACCGGGAGACGGGCAAGUCGAAGGGCUACGCCUUCGUGGAGCUCCGCGAUGCGAGGCAGGGCGACCGCGCCGUGCGGGCGCUGACCGGGCAGGAGAUCUGCGGCCGACCCAUCACGGUGGAGGUCAAGGGCGGGGAGCGCGGCCCCCGGGCGGGGCCCGGCGGCGCCGAGCGCGGAGCGGAGGACCGCCCCCGCGAUGGCGGCGGCGACAAGCGCGUCUUCGUCGGGGGCGUGUCCGUUCUCUGCACCGACGAGGUCCUCCGGGAGAAGUUCUCCGAGGUCGGAGAGGUGGUCGGCGCCCGCAUCGUCACCGACCGAGACACGGGGAAGCCGAAGGGGUUCGCCUUCGUGGACUUCGCGACGCCAGAGGACGCACAGCGGGCGCUGCGGAAGAUGAACAACGUCGAGAUCUGCGGCAGGCAGGUGCGCGUCGACCUGCCCACGAACUCCAAGGGCGGCGGCAAGGGCGACGGCCCCGGCGCCGGCCCGCCCGCCGCGGGCAAGAGCGGGGGCAAAGGCCCGAAGUUCCAGGGGCUGAGCGACGACCGCCGCAAGCAGCUGUUCGGCAGCGUCUCGCCCCAGCGCUCGAAGAGCAGGAGCAAGAAGAGGCAGCGGGACGCGUCGGAGAGCGGCGCGAGCCCCUCGCGGAGCAGGAGCAGGCCGAAGAGGAGAAGGAGGAGGAAGAGGAAGGGCAAGGCCGCCUCCUCGUCUUCGUCCUAGGCAGCGGGUAGGCGCGGCCCCGCGGCGCACUAUGAGGCCCCUUCGGCGCGGCGCUGCCCCGCCCGUCGACGCCAGCAACGGUUCCCGCCCUGCCUCGCGCUGUGCCAUCGCA